GAUUCGCUUGCGAGGCGCUGCCGUCUGACCCUCUUCGUGGCGGCGAUGGGCCAGGGCGUCGUCGAGAUCCAGCCCCGCGAGCUCCAGUUCACCUUUGAGCUGAAGAAGCAGAGUUCAUGUUCUGUCCAUCUUGUCAACAAAUCUGAUGAAUAUGUCGCUUUCAAGGUUAAGACAACUUCCCCUAAAAGAUACUGCGUCCGACCAAAUAUUGGAGUUAUCCUUCCAAGGGCAACAUGUGAUUUCACAGUUACCAUGCAAGCACAGCGUACUGCGCCACCAGACAUGCAACUAAAAGACAAAUUUUUGGUGCAGACCACAGUUGUUCCUCCUGGUACAUCAGAUGAUGACCUCAUUCCUGCUUUUUUCUCCAAAGAAACCAAUGCAUAUAUUGAGGAAAGUAAAUUGAGAGUUGUCCUUGUUGAUGCAUCUCGUCCUCCUGUGGAGCAACUGAUAAAUAAUGUCCCCAGCACUGAUGCGGCAGUUGAGGUUCCGGUGUUAAAAGAUACACCAAAUGUUCAGAAUGAAGUGCCAGCUAUGGAGAAAAAGGUUCCUGCCCCCCAGGAGAAAAUUUCAGCUGUUGUUCCUAACAUACCUUCCCCUGUCAGGGAGUCUCCAAUCCUUCAAGAAGUUCCUGUGCUACUGCAUGAAGAACCUGCUAUUUUGGCAGAAUCUCCUCCCCCUCUAAAAGACGAAUCUCCUCCCUCUCUAAAACAUGAAUCUCCUCCCCCUAUAAAGGAUUCGUCUGCAAUUACCAUUGAACAACUUUCUCCUCUGAAGGAAGAGACUGUAACUUCAAAGGUGUCUCCUCUGGAAGAAACUCUUCCGAAAGAAACUGUUGCCGUAAGUGACCGAGGUUUUUUCAGUGUGCAGAAUCAUCAAUUAUCUCAUGUGACGGAAGAUGUUCAGAAUCUGAAGUCAAAACUCAACAACCUUGAAUCAAAAUUGGAAGGGGCUGAAAAGAUGAUAAUAAAACUGAGAGAAGAGAGCAGGACUACAACCCAGGAGCGGGAUAGGCUGCAGCAAGAGAUGGUAGUUUUAAAGAAGGGAACCCCAAAGAGUCAGCUAGGCUUCCCGUUGCUGUUUGUGGUCUAUGUGGCGCUUCUCGGCACAUCCCUCGGCUACCUCUUGCGCCUAUGAGUUGGAGUAUGUUGGAAAUCCAAGCCGCUGGGUGCCUCGGUCUUCGCCAAGAGUUGAAGGGCAGCUAUAUACAUAAAUCUUGCAGGAGCAUCCCUGUUAGCAGCACCAUCGUUUGUUAUUAAUUAGUUUGAGACGGUUUUGAACAUACCGGGGUUAUUGCCAGUAGCCUGCCUGUAUAGAACAGCGUCAUUUACAUUGUAUAGAACCACCCGAAAAAGUGCUUGGGUACUCCUGUGGGCUAAUUAACCUUGAGUUUAUUCCUCUUGGUGAA